AAGUCCGUGUGACCCCUCCUGCGGCUUAAGACGAGUUCUGCUGCCUUGACACUCUCUGUGAAGCUCCUUCGAAGCAUCUUCAUUCAUCGUAGGAAGUAGGACGAUCCACAAUGGCAUCAGCAACUGGGAUACCUCCCAAUGUAGCUGCGGCGCAUGGUCAGAGUGAAGAGGAACCGCUUUUGGGACGGAGAGGCGAUGCGAGUCAACCUGAUGGACAGCCACUAUACCAGAACCUGUGGAUAGGCACAGCAGUUGUUGCGCAGGGAGGCAUCUGGAUUCUCGCAGCCAUAAUCUGGGGGGGCAUCCUCUCACAGAAGCUAAUCUUCUUCUCCGCGCACCCCCUCCUCAACUCCGCAGGCUUCCUCCUCGCAAUCCAAGCCGCUCUCAUCCUCCAACCAACGCACACCCCCGAACAAAAGCGCUCGGGCACAGUCGCCCACUUCCUCUUCCACGUCUUCGGCGCCACCGCCCUAACCGCCGGCCUCAUCAUCAUCGAGAUGAACAAAGCCGGUCCGGGGCACGAGCACUUCGCGUCCCCGCAUGCGAUCCUGGGUCUUACGUUUUACAUCCUGGUGUACAUCCAGGCAAUCGUCGGAUUCACGCAGUACUACACUCCGAGCCUGUACGGUGGUGUGGACCAGGCGAAGAGCAUCUACAAGUACCACAGGAUCAGCGGGUAUGUGAUUGCGACACUGGGUCUCGCGACUAUUUGCGCGGCGACGUGGACGACGUAUAACCUGAACGUAGCACAUAUCCAGCAUUGGGCUGUUAUUGUUGCAAGUGUGCUUGUGCUGGCCGGCACUGUGCCGAGGAUUAGAUUGAGCAAGUUUGGGUUGAAGAAGGAUGAGGGGCAGAUCAGGUUGCAGUCGUAGAAGGACAGAGUCCUAAGGGGAAUCAAGGGGAAGUGUUGCAGGUUUGGAUGUGGAGGAGGGUGCGUUUAGGACUCUGUGAUUA